CGGCGAUUUCCCCCAGGGGCGUGUCCAUGCCCCCCCGGGCGGUGCUAGUGGUCCUGAACGCGGCCAGAGAGGAAGUGGCCAGGACGGCGGUGGACCUUGGACCUCGCAUGGCCCUCCUGGAUGUCCUAAAGGAGGCCAAGUCGGUCUUCGCUCUCAACAAUGGCCCUUAUCGACAAAAUCCCUUUUCCUUCAAAGCGAAGAGGUUGGAGGCAGAGCGGUGUCUGGGCCUCCAGACGAUGGGGCGGGUGACAGCCAGUCCAAGCUCCGCCCUCACCAUCUCCGUUACAAGGACACGCCCACUUGCCGAGGUCAUUUGGGAAUCUGCCUGCCUGCCUCGAGUAGCCGAUCUUCUCGUACACCGGGAUGACAUCAUCGUCUUGGCACCGCGCUGACUCUCCGCGCUGCCAGACGCAAGAGUCAAAUUCUAAACUGAGAGACA